ACAACCAGCAGAGAUGCGGCAGAGAUGCUCACAGACCUCCCAAAGCCAUGAUGCUUUUAGGUUUCCUUUCACUGCUCCUCCUUACAGGAACAACUGCAGAGAACGGAGAUUUGAUAGACCCCUCAACAUCUCAUGGUGACCCUGAGAUUGUACAACAAGAUGGAAAUACGUCAUAUUCAGAGUCACAGGAGGUUAUAGAGGAUCGACUGAUGCCCAAUUACACCGAUGAUUUCAACGAUAUAAUCUAUGAAAGCAUUCGCGAAACCGGGAUCAAUUUUUCAGAGGAUUGCCGUUUUGAGAAUCUGUUAAACCACUUGAAUCUGACCAAAAGCAAUGAAAAGUUCACCGUGAGUCGACCUGUUCAAAGCCAUAAAAGACUCACCUGGGUUCUGCUUGAAAUGAAGAUCUAUGCCAUCCUGGAUGUGAGGGAAACGGACCAGACUUUCAUUUCUUAUGUUUGGAUUUACUUGAGAUGGGACAACGAGCACAUCUGGUGGGAGCCGGAGCAGUUCUGUGGGAUCAAGCAUUUAUUAGUUCCUACUCAAAUGUUGUGGAUGCCAGAUCUGACCAUUGAAGAAAUGACGGAGCAGGAUAAAGCCUCUCCAAGCCCUUAUCUCAACAUUCGACAUCACGGUUGGGUCGAAUUUAGAAAUGAUGAGGUGGUUAUAAGCACAUGCAGGAUGCAUGUUUUCAGAUUCCCGUUUGACACUCAGACCUGCAACCUCUCCUUCAAGUCUAUCAUGUACUCUGAUGAAGAAAUAAAGUUAUUUUACAACAAGAACGAUUCAGAUAUCACUGAACUGACUCGAGAAACGAUGCAGACGCAGUACGAGUGGCUGUUCAUCGGCAUGUCAGUCCAAGAGAAAACUGUCAAUCAUUUUGGCUUCAACCAAACAAUGAUUAUUUACACUAUCAAGAUGAAGAGGAGGUCUGUCCUUUAUAUAGCAAACUUCUUGCUGCCCAUCUUCUUCUUCUUGUGUCUGGACUUGGCGUCCCUCCUGAUGUCUGACAGCGGCGGCGACAAGAUUGGCUUCAAGAUCACCGUCCUGCUCUCCGUCACAGUGAUGCAGCUCAUUCUCAAAGACAUCCUGCCUUGCUCCUCAGACAGGAUUCCACUCAUUGCGAUCUACUGCAUCGGGAUCUUCACACUGAUGCUGCUCAGCCUCCUCGAGACCAUUUUGGUGAUGCAUCUGAUCGAUAAAGACAACAAGACAGACACAAAGCAAAGAGGGAACGAGAAGCAAGUGGACAAACAAGGUAACAGCUGUUUUAAAGAGAAGGAGAAACCGAGUCUCUGUGUAUCGGAUGUGUCGGCUGGUGAAACCCCAUCUGUUGACAGAGAGGGCAGCAGCCGCCACUCGGAGGUGUCCCUCGUCCUGGAGAAGGUCUCAGACGAGCUGGAGGAGAUCAGGAGAACAGUAGCUCUUCUCAGCGGGAGCAAGGAGGAGGAGAUGAUGCCCGGAUACUGGACCGAGCUCGCUGGAAAAAUCAACAAGGUUUUCACAGUGUUUUAUAUCAGUGCAUCCAUUCUGUUUUUAGCUGUAAUUUUUACAGUGUGGGGGUAUUCAGAAGAUUAGAUAUAUAGAUAAAAAAAACUUUAAAAGAUGCUAAAGCUUGUUGAACAGUACUUUCCCUCGCAUUGGUUCCUCAUCGGUGUUGUUGCAUGUGGCGUCAGU